AUGGACCAAAAACUACUGUUUAUUGAAGGGGCCAUUACCCAGGAAUUCAGUCUGGCAUUGCAAAAGUCGCUCCUUGAGAGCUUCAACAGCAUAUCCGCCUCUCUACAAACCCAAGACUUUACCAACGCUGAGCUCCACCUCUCCAGGUUGACAACGUUGGCGAACAGCCAAGGCGACACGGAGGGCACCAGGGAUGUGCGGUUCAAGAUCGGGGAGCUCUCAUCUGCUGUUCUAGCGCGCAAUGGCAAGUUUCUUGAUGCCGGUACCAAGUUAUAUCAUCAGCUCAAGCAGUUCACGUCCAGCAUCAGCGACAACAGCUACUUGGUUCCAGUGUAUGAGUCAUUGAUAGAGUACCUCAUCCUUGCACCCUCCACCAUCCAGAAGCACAAGGUCAUCCAUGCGCUUGUAACCGCAACCCCAGAAGUGUCACAUGUCUCUCCCGCUUUACAAGCGUUGUUGCACAAGGAGUACCUCUUUCAGUUCGUGGAAGCGGAGGAUUUGCAGAUCAAGUUACCGGAAUAUUUCACCACCCCUUUGAGAGCGGCUAUCAUGGAGCACAAUAUCCUCUCGAUGUCUUUGUUGUAUAGCAACGUCACCUUUGUGCGACUCGAGGAACGCUUUGGAGGGCUCCUGAUCUUGUUUGACACAGCGUUGGACGAAAAUUCCUUUAUAGACGUUGUCAGCAGGAUGGUAUUGGAGAAGCGGUUGAAGGCGCGGAUUGACCAGCAGAAGGGUGUCGUGCACUUCGAUAAGGCAGCUUCGGGAGGUGUUAGCAGAUGGAACCUGGACAUGCGUGACUGGCUUUUGAAGCUUGAUCGGGUGUGCAAUUUGGUAGGGGAGAGCACUGAAGAAGUGUGA